AAGGUAUUGAGCAAAUGGACCAGGCAACUAAAGGAAGCUGCAGAAGCUGAGAUUGUGGCAACAUUUUAAAGGCAUUUUGACAAAUGCAUGAUGAGGAAAGGUGUGCAGGGAAAUCUUUAGCGUCAGUUAGCCUUUUGUUAUUCUUUUGUUCAGUUAUGGGCCAAAUGCAGGGAAAUGGGACCAGUUCAGUUGGGAAUAGUUCAGAUAUGAAACCUGGUUGACAUGGGCGAAGUGGGUAAAAUGACCUCCUGGUGUGCUCUAGGACUGUAUAACUAUGAAAUGUCGAUACUUGGGGAACGGGGGCUCAGAGGGACAUCCAGGCACUGUUGGGACCUGUUCCGCUUAGUGUGGGGGUAGUGUCAGCUUUUCCUACCCUGCACGUCUCGUAAGCAGAGAGUCAACUCCGCUCAAUACCUUUCACUGAACACAUAAUUUGGCUCGAGACCCUUGUUCAGAAAGAUCUGAAGAUCAGAAGGUCUGAAGAAGGGUCUUGGCCCGAAACGUCACCCAUUCCUUCUCUCCAGAGAUGCUGCCUGUCCCGCAGAGUUACUCCAGCAAUUUGCGUCUAUCUUCGGUUUACACACCAGCAUCUGCAGAUCCUUCCUACGCCGGAUUUCUAGGUGGACAUUUGCAAGUAGAUCAGUUUCUGGCCGCUCCCAAGUCCGGGAGAAUCUGGAUAAAAAACUGGACAGGAGGCUGACCCAGCAAAAAAUGUCUUUGCUUUGUGGCAGACUUUGUCCUGGUGAUGUGGGAGUGAAAGGGAUAAAUACAACUCAGCCUUGUGUCAAGGACAGCAGAGAGAUAAAAAGGGGUUUGAUCGAAAACAACUUUAAAAGGCAGCCGGGUGUAUCUCUCCCAACUUUGGAUUGAGAGAGCAGCGAUGUCGGAGCAGAGCAACCUCUCGGUAGUGGCACAUGGGCCAGGGGACCUGCGAAUGGAAAGGCUUCCAAUCCCUGAGCCAGGCCCCAAUGAGGUCCUAUUGCAGAUGAAUUCUGUCGGGAUCUGCGGGUCUGAUGUGCAUUACUGGCAACAUGGAAGACUGGGGAGUUUCCUCAUGAAGAAACCAAUGGUUCUGGGUCAUGAGGGUUCUGGCACAGUGACCAAAGUGGGAUUGGGAGUGAAGAAUCUCCAAGUAGGAGAUAGAGUUGCCAUUGAACCGGCUUACCCACUGAACAAUGAUGAGUUCUGCAAGUCUGGGCGCUACAACCUUUCUCCAGCCAUGUUCUGCUCCGCCACCCCACCUCAUCAUGGGCAGUUGUCCCAGUUCUAUGUCCACAGUGCAAACUACUGCUUCAAGCUUCCAGAUUGCGUGAGCUCGGAAGAAGGUGCUUUUAUCGAGCCUCUGUCUGUUGCCAUUCAUGCGUGUCGGCGGGCACGGGUAAAACUGGGCAGCAAAAUCCUGAUCUGUGGAGCAGGUCCAAUUGGACUUCUCAAUCUGCUGGUUGCCAAGGCGAUGGGGGCGGCCCAGGUGGUGAUUUGUGAUUUAUCAAGUGCCCGACUGGCCAAGGCGAAGGAGGUGGGGGCUGAUUUUACCAUCAAGGUGGAGAAGGAGACACCUGAGGACUUGGCACAGAAAGUGCAGGCGGCUCUUGGUUCAAUGCCAUUCACCACCAUCGAGUGCACUGGGGCAGAGUUCUGUGUCCAGGCUGCAGUCUACUCGACUCAAUCCGGAGGGACUGUGCUCCUGGUGGGACACGGCCCAGAUUUAGUGAGUGUGCCUCUUCUAAACGCUGCCAUCCGGGAGGUGGACAUCCGCGGCAUGUUCCGAUACUGCAACACGUAUCCCAUGGCAAUUGCGAUGCUGGCGUCGAAGAGAGUGAACGUGAAGCCUCUGAUCACUCAUCACUUCCCGUUGAGCCAGGCCAUUGAAGCAUUUGAAACGACAAAGAAACAGCUGGGGAUUAAAGUGAUGUUGAAGUGUGAUUAAACCGGCAUCUGCAGUUCCUUCCUACACAAGUGUGAAUGGUUGUCAGGUAUGUGUGUGUGAGCUUGGGCAACUUAACUCUUCAAGACAGACCUCCAACACUCAAGCAAGGAACUAGCUCUUUUCUCCCCAAAGCACGUCUCCGCCA